GAAAAGUCAGAUCAUGUCAACCUCCGGAUGGAUGACAGUCAAAUGGGAGGAUCCUCGCCUGGUGUGGACAAAGUCUACAUAUGGGGAUAUAGAAUACAUCUACACUAAACAGAAUAAAAUAUGGCGUCCAGAACUCAUCAUCGACAACUCAGUGGAAGGGAUGGACCCAAUCGGGAAUGACGAUAUAUUCUUCAAAGUAAAGAAUACGGGCGAGGUACGUUGGGACCCCCCUGGACUUUACGUCACCCACUGCGAUAUUGACGUCACUUACUAUCCAUUCGACUACCAAAUGUGUAAGAUUGAAGUCACCAGCUUUGCCUUCACAACAGAGGUACUUACCUUAAACAGAACCCGGGACACAGUCAAUACGGAGGAUUUCAACGAAAACGGGGAGUGGAUCUUAUACUCAUCGCGAGUAGAGGAGCGGGUAUUGGAAGAAAAUGGUGAGAAAUUUUCACAGAUGGAGUUCCAGAUUGUUUUCCAGCGGCGCCCAGGGUAUUACCUGACGAACAUUGUAUACCCUGUAAUACUGAUUUCUUUGCUAACAAAUCUUAGUUUCCUCUUACCAACGGAUUCCGGAGAAAAGAUUUCCUACAUUCUGACAGUCCUUCUAGCCCUAGCAGUGUUAUUGACGCUUGUGGGAGACAGCAUGCCCUCUACAUCAAAGCACACUGCUGUCAUAGGAAUUUACAUAUCCAUAAUACUGAUGAUGGCCGCCCUGGGUAUAUUCAUCACUGUGUUAAACCUCCGCCUCUAUCUCAACACAGACCAAACAGAUGUACCAAAAUGGCUUCAAUGUUUCACAUUCACUGUGCUUCUAAAAAUUAAUUGCAAAAGCAAGAAGGUGGAAGACACAAAGUUACACCAACUUGUCUCUGUAGACGACGAAAUGGAGCUACAAGAAAUAAACGAUGGAAGGAAAUCAUUAAAGCGUAUGAUGAACCACCGCUCGAAUACUCCAGCAGUCCCGACUGAGGAAGACUUUCCGUUCGAGUGCAAGGAGGUUUCUGUUUUUCUGGACUAUUUCUUCUUUUAUUUAUUCAAUGUUGUGACCUUUAUAGCAACUGUGGUUUUAUUUAUAAUCAUAGCUGUAUGUGAUGUCCCUCCGAUAUAA